UUGGCUCAUGCCUGUCUUCCCAGCACUUUGGGAGGCUGAGGUGGACGGAUCACCUGAGGUCAGGAGUUGGAAACCAGCCUGGCCAACAUGGUGAAACCCUGUCUCUACUACAAAUACAAAAAUUAGCCAGGUGUGGUGGUGUGCGCCUAUAGUCCCAGCCACUCGAGAGGCUGAGGCAGGAGAAUCGCUUGAACCCAGGAGGCAGAGGUUGCAGUGAGCUGAGAUGGUGCCACCGCACUCCAGCCUGAUGACAGAGCGAGACUCCAUCUAAAAAAAAAAAAAAGGGUCUCACUAUGUUGCCCAGUCCGGCCUGCUGGCAUCUUGAUGUUGAACUUCCAGCCUCCAGAAGUGUGAGAGAACUGGUUUUUUGAGCCACCCAGUUUGCAGAAAUUCGCACGACCCCCAGAAAUGAAUGCAGAACCUGUUCAAUCCAUAAGACGAUUAAUGAGUGCUAAUGAUGGGCUCUGUGCUCCUUGAAGCAAGCGCUCCAGAGGCUCCGGAAGCCACGGCUGGAUUGGAGACGAGAUGGGAUCCUCAGAGGACCACGCCUAUCGCCUCCUUAAUGACUACGCCAAUGGCUUCAUGGUGUCCCAGGUUCUCUUCGCCGCCUGCGAGCUGGGCGUGUUUGACCUUCUCGCCGAGGCCCCAGGGCCCCUGGACGUGGCGGCAGUGGCUGCAGGUGUGGGGGCCAGCGCCCAUGGGACAGAGCUGCUGCUGGACAUCUGUGUGUCCCUGAAGCUGCUGAAAGUGGAGACGAGAGGAGGAAAAGCUUCCUAUCGAAACACGGAGCUGUCCAGCGACUACCUGACCACGGUCAGCCCGACGUCACAAUGCAGCAUGCUGAAGUACAUGGGCAGGACCAGCUACCGGUGCUGGGGCCACCUGGCAGACGCCGUGAGAGAAGGAAGGAACCAGUACCUGGAGACGUUUGGCGUUCCCGCUGAAGAGCUUUUUACGGCCAUCUACAGGUCCGACGGCGAGCGGCUACAGUUCAUGCAAGCUCUGCAGGAGGUCUGGAGCGUCAACGGGAGAAGCGUGCUGACCGCCUUUGACCUCUCAGUGUUCCCACUUAUGUGUGACCUCGGUGGGACAUGGAUAAAGCUGGAAACCAUCAUUCUCAGCAAACUAUCGCAAGGACAGAAAACCAAACACCGCGUGUUCUCACUCAUAGGUGGGGCUGGAGCUCUGGCUAAGGAAUGCAUGUCUCUGUACCCUGGAUGUAAGAUCACCGUUUUUGACAUCCCAGAAGUGGUGUGGACGGCAAAGCAGCACUUCUCAUUCCAGGAGGAAGAACACAUUGACUUCCAGGAAGGGGAUUUCUUUAAAGACCCUCUUCCGGAAGCUGAUCUGUACAUCCUGGCCAGGGUCCUCCAUGACUGGGCAGACGGAAAGUGCUCACACCUGCUGGAGAGGAUCUACCACACUUGCAAGCCAGGUGGUGGCAUUCUGGUAAUUGAAAGCCUCCUGGAUGAAGACAGGCGAGGUCCUCUCCUCACGCAGCUCUACUCUCUGAACAUGCUCGUGCAGACGGAAGGGCAGGAGAGGACCCCCACCCAGUACCACAUGCUCCUCUCUUCUGCUGGCUUCAGAGACUUCCAGUUUAAGAAAACAGGAGCCAUUUAUGAUGCCAUUUUAGCCAGGAAAUAACUUUUUCUUGUGACCUGGAACUAACGUCAAAGCACACAAGACAUAAUAAUAAAGAGAUGUACCUCCAGUG